ACUCACAGACUGGGUCAGUCACCCCUUCGCCGCCUCGCCGUUAAGCUACUUGAGCUCCUGGAGUCUCUCACUCGAAGGCUGGGUUUUGAAUCCUUCUCGCGGCUCUUCGCUGACCCCUCUCCGAUGUAAUCGCCCCCCGGCUGGUCGCAGCAGGGCCCGAUCCAGCAAUAAAAUCGCCUCUCUGCCCUACGCGAGACUCCCGCUUACGCAGCCCGGGGUCGCAUUCGCCCCUUUGGUCACAGCGUCGCGCCGGGAGCUCCCAUUCCGCUGAUUACCCACCACGCACCCCCCAAAUCUGCUUCAGAGUCGCUGCACCCCCAGAGAGACUCCCCAGCCCGUGUAGGGCUGACGCGCUUCGUUCCUUGUUGCGUACGUUGACAUUUAGCCGUAUUCAAACCACAGUACUGGGCUGUGACCCACGUUGCUCUGAACCGGGGACAUGGCCUCUUCCUCAUUUCCCACUCCUUGUUCCCUAUAGUGACGUAAUGGCAUAGUGGUGGAAGCGGUGGGAUACAAUGUCCCAAGUGGUAACCCUGGGAUGCUGACACCGUAAAGGCACCCUGGUGUCCACGGGGACAGUUGCAUCGUUUGGCGUGAGGCCGGAAGUGUUGUCACAUGACGUAUUUGCUUUGGGUGUUUCCAAGAGUUGGGCCGAUGAGCAGAGCCCUGGGUGGAUGGCAGCAGGAACCUUGCGCCAUGUGCCCUGCGGCAGCCGGGGGCAGAAUUAACCUAAUGAUAGCCCUGAACCUGAGCGAAGAGAAGGCGAGGCCGGCCCCUUUGCACUGCCCACACAGGGCGGAACCCAGCCCAGCCCACCUUCCCCCGCUAUAAAACAGCCCUGCCCCGUGCCAGGAGCUGCACAUCUGCUGCUGGCUUCCUUAAUUCGCCUGCCUAGCCAUGGAUACCUCCCUGCAUGCCACGCUCAGCCUUGUGCUUGUCUACUGCCUCUGGGGCGCAUGGGCCCAGACCAAGAUCGAAGUUAGCAAUGGAGGAAUAUGGGGCAAGUGGGGCGAGGAAGAGUCCUGCCCCGACAACAGCUUUGCCAUUGGGUUCUCCAUGAAGGUGGAGCUGCCCCAGCUCCCUGGGGAUGACACGGCGCUAAAUGGGAUCCGGCUGCUCUGCUCCAAUGGCAAAACCAUCCAGUCCAACGUGGGGCCGUGGGGCUCCUGGGGCACAGUGAUGAAAUGCCCCCCAGGGCAGCGCCUGACCCAGUUCCGGCUGCGGGUGGAGUCAUGCCAGGGCCUCAAGGACGACACGGCUGCCGACAACAUUGAGUUCGUCUGCACGGGUGGGGUGGAGCUGAUGGGGCACGGGCGGUGCUGGGGCAAGUGGGGCCCUCAGAGCCGCUCCUGCGGCCAGCGGGGCAUCUGCACCAUCGCCACCAAGGUGGAGGCCCCCCAGGGUAAGGGGGACGACACGGCCCUGAACGACGUCUACUUCAAAUGCUGCAGCCCCCUAACCCUGCCCUCCCGCACCAAUUUGACUGGUGGCCCCAGGUUUGCUGGGCGCUGACUGCUCCCCAUUGCCCCCCCAAUCCAUGCUACUCACACUCCCCGCCCCCCCCCCACGAACUCUGCUCCCAGCUGCUCCCCCGCCAGCCGCUGUGUGUGUGACCCCCCCAAUAAACAAC